AUGGACUUGAUUCAAGAUAAUCAUUCUGAUGACGGUUUUGAUUCUGACGACGAUGAUGAUGCUUUUAACAAGGUUUUGAGGAAAGUUUGCAAGCUUGGUGGAGAAAUUAUUCGUCCACCCAAUAUGGACACUGUAGCAACGGAGAUCGUAUCAAAUUCAAAAUAUUACCCUUUCUUUAAGGAUUGUAUUGGUGCUAUUGAUGGCACUCAUGUUGCUGCAAGCAUUCCCCAAAAUGAACAAAUACCGUUUCGUGGAAGAAAAACUAACACAACAUGGAAUAUAAUGUGUGUUUGUUCAUUUGAUAUGUUAUUCACGUAUGUCAUGUCUGGUUGGGAAGGAUCGGCCAAUGAUUCUCGUAUACUCCAAGAAUGUAUCAAGAAUCCCGAGAAUAAAUUUCCUAUGCCUAAGAGAGAUCAAUACUAUCUUGUCGACUCAGGAUAUUCAAAUAUGCCAGGAUUUUUAGCACCAUUUCGAGGUCAAAGAUAUCAUUUACGAGAUUUUAGAGAAAGGAGACAUCGCCCUCGAGGUAGAGAAGAAGUGUUUAAUUAUCGACAUUCUUCACUGCGAAAUGUCAUCGAACGUUGUUUUGGUGUGCUGAAGGCUCGAUUUCCUAUUCUUAAGCAAAUGCCUCCGUACCCGAUCAAGACACAAAAAUAUAUACCGAUAGCAUGUUGCACAGUUCACAAUUAUAUUAGAUUGAAUGAUCGUGAAGAUGAUCUUUUCAAUGACUUUAGCAAUGAAUUAAUGAUCGUUGAAGAUACACAUAAUUUUUCGGCCAAUUUGCAGAGGGAUAUAAUUGAAUUAGAUGUGAGUCGACAGCAUUUACGAGAAAUGGCCCGAGCGAGAGAUGAUAUUGCAAAUCAAAUUUGGGCAACAUUUGAAGGAUAG